GCGUCCACCCUGGUCAUCAGUUCGCCAGCAGCCGCUGCAGCAACCACACGAAUCGACAUGAAGGUCCUGGCUAUCGUAGUCCUGGCUCUGGCCGCAGUGGCGUUUGCUGAGGAGGAGAAGAAGCAGGAGAAGCGAGGCCUGCUGGGUCUGGGAUACGGAGGCUACGGAGGAUACGGAGGCUACGGAGGUUACGGAGGCUACGGACACGGCCUGGCCCUGGCUGCCGCCCCCGCGGCCAUCGCCGCCCCCGCCAUCGCGCACGCCCCCGCAGUCGCCGUCGCCGCCGCCCCCGCCAUUGCUCACGCCCCCGCAGUGGCUGUCGCUCCAGCUAUUGCCCACGCUCCCGCUGCCGUCUCAACUGUCUCACAGGUGAGCUACGGCACCACCCACUACGCUCCCGCAGUGGCUAAGGUGGCUGCCGCCCCCGUCGCUGUGGCCGCCCCCGCCAUCGCAGCCGCCCCCGCUGUCGGCCUCGGCUACGGACACGGACUGAGCCUGGGAUAUGGACACGGGCUGGGCUACGGAUACGGACACGGACUGGGAUACGGACACGGUCUCGGUCUGGGAUACGCCGCCGCCGCCCCCGCCGUCAGUCUGGGAUACGGAGGAUACGGACACGGUCUGAGCCUCGGCUACGGACACCAUUAGGGCCUCAAAGAGUGGAGACGACAUCGCCCCACAAUCACCACCGUCGACGUUCAUUGCCCAUCAUCGCAGCGCUCAACAUGGCCACACAUGUAUCACCUUCGAUAGUCACUGUGCAUCACCCCAAAGUUAAUAAAAGUAUUAUUUUGAUUACACGUUAAA